AAAAAAAGAAAAAGAAAAAGAAAAGAAAAAAAUUGUAGUCCCAACUCCCAAGGCGAGGAGGCAUGGAAAGUCAGUAGACCGGUAAGAGUUGAAGAAUAUGAGACAAACCCUACAUAUUAGCACAAGAACGAGAACAAGAAUAUGAGAGACGACAGAGAGAAUUAAGCUUUCCUUUAAUGGAAGUCACUUCCCAUCUUAAAUUUAACAAUUUUCUCUUCCGACCCUCCACUCCACUUCGUCUCUGUACGAAGGAAACGAGGCUUUUCUUUCCAUCUCCUCUUCGGCCGUUGUGCAAUGGACUAUACAUGGGGUCUUCUCCAUUAAAACCGGCAAUUCGCAGAAAUACAGUAGACUAUGUUCCAGAUAGCAUUUUAUUUAGUCCAAGGAACUACUCAAAUGCAACUUGGUGCUCUUUUAUCCCAAAGUUUGCUAGGCUAUAUCAUGAUAAUAAAUUUCAUAACCAGGAUAACUUGUCAAGAUACAUAGUUGCAAGAUCCGAGCUUGUUGGAACUGGCACUCCUGAUGCUUCUUAUCCAUUUUCAGCACCUCAUUCAGGUUCAAAAAUUAGAGGAAUUUGCUUUUAUGCUGUUACUUCUGUUGCUGCCGUUUUUCUGUUUGUACUGAUGCUGGUAGCACAUCCUUUCAUACUCUUGAUGGAUCGAUACCGUAGAAAAGCUCAUUAUCUUAUUGCCAAAAUUUGGGCGCUAGCAACUGUCACUCCGUUUAUUGAGUUUGAGUAUGAGGGAUUGGAAAAUUUGCCUGUGCCAGAUACCCCUGCUGUAUAUGUGUCCAACCACCAGAGCUUUUUAGACAUAUAUACUCUUUUGACUCUUGGGAGAAGCUUCAAGUUCAUUAGCAAGACUUCAAUUUUUUAUUAUCCUGUAAUUGGGUGGGCUAUGUUUUUGAUGGGUGUAAUUCCUUUAAAGCGCAUGGACAGCAGAAGCCAAUUGGAAUGUCUCAAGCGAUGUAUGGAUCUUGUUAAGAAGGGAGCAUCUGUUUUUUUCUUCCCAGAGGGUACUCGGAGUAAAGAUGGAAACUUAGGUGCCUUCAAGAAAGGUGCAUUCAGUAUUGCGGCAAAAACCGGAGUGCCCGUGGUUCCAAUCACUAUAAAUGGAACUGGUAAAAUCAUGCCUACUGGAAGUGAGAGUAUACUGAAUCCGGGAUCUGUUAGAGUUGUUAUCCACAAGCCUAUAGAAGGAAAUGAUCCAGAAGUACUUUGCCAUGAAGCCAGAAACAUUAUUGCAG